ACCACAUCCAUUUCUGAUCGUGUCUCACGCCUGCUUCUUGCCGUCAGCUCAUCUUCCUUGAAAAAUCAAAUGGUUGAAUUUAACUGUUUAAAACUAUGUCGGAAUUGUCACGAGCCUUGAGCAAGCGUCAAAGCGACGACAGCUUGAUGCCUCCCCCGCCUCCACCGAAGCGCAUCAAACGACCGGCCACUGUCCUCGACGAAGACGUCUACACCAAUGCUCUCUCCGAAAUCAUUGCGCGUGAUUACUUUCCUGGCCUGGUGGAGGCUCAGGCGAAGCAUGAAUAUCUUGAUGCGUUGGAAUCGCAGAACGUCGAGUGGAUUGCAAGUUCCAGUCAGAAACUUGCCAGCCUAUUGAAGACUCCUGGAAGAACCCACGAUCGCUCUGGUCAUACUAAGAUGGCACCACAGUGUACUGGCACUGGAAGGCCAGGGGACACCCCGAUGGGUUGGGGCGGGGAUACACCUCUGUCGACGACGUCUGUUUUGCCACCAGGAACCCAGAUAUCAGUGGCAGAAUCCAAGCCCGAGGCUCCAGAUGUGAGUCGGCUAGGAUUACUAGAGUUUCAAGCUAGGUAUACCAGCGAAGACAACGAAUCUUUCAAUAAUUUAUUAGACAGAAGGAAUGCCAAGCAUCGUGAGAAGUAUGCCUGGCUAUGGAACGGGAACAAGAUCCCGUCCGCACGACAACUUGCGCACCGUCGGCGAGAGGCUAAGCGAAUCGAGGCUCAGGGAGGCAGUUCAGACCAGAACAAACAAGCACUAAUCAAGACUGACUUGGAUGCUCGACCUGCUCAGCCCGACACAUGGAAGACAUAUCCGGAGAACUCACUUAUGUUCGCGCCUUCGUCCGUUGAAGACACCUACGAGACAAUUCAGCAGAAAGCGGAAGCUGCAUCCCGAGCAGCACCCAAACGCGUGGUAUACCAGAACACUCGUCUUCCACAUGAGACUCUUCAGCAAUCAUCUGGGACUGCACCUCCACCUUCGCCAUCAAUAUCGGUCAUCAAGGACGCUAUCGCUGGACUUCCUCGUCCGACCAAUUCAGAGCCUGGCUACAUUGGCGGCGAAACGCCUCGAGUGAAUGGAUAUGCGUUUGUGGAUGAAGAUGAGCCCGAGUAUGACCAUGCCUCCUCCAGGGUCGAUGACUCUAUAACAGACGGUUUCAAUCUGCUUGGGAACAGUGAUGCAACUCCAAAUCCGUUUCAGAUUAAGGAAAAUCGCAAACGUGAGGAUCUUCAUCAUCGUAUGGUCGACCACGUGGCACGGACAAAACGUGCGGAAAAGUUCAGCCGCAGAACCGUAUCACCCGUGGUGAUGACCCCAACAUUCGCGAGCAGUCCGCGAUUGGAUUUCGGGCGACGAGCACCAGGUGCAGCUACUCCCGGGACUAAAGCAGGCAAGAUGUUAACGCCCGCGGCGCAGAAGCUGCUUCAUCAAGUGGGCAGUACGCCCCGCCCAGGUGGUUCGUUUGCUACUUCGUCCUCUAAUCUCAGGAGCAUGUGGACACCAACUUCUAGGAAAGGCAAAUGAUGAUGCUUGCGGUGGUUCGCUUUUGUAUCUGCUUAUUGUUUUUGUUAAUGAGCGUUUUCCCAUGACUAGAUACCAUGAUAUACACGAAGGCGUCCUGCAUUUAGCUUUGUCAAUUCGUCUGCGAUUCAAAGCUGGGGUAUAUCUCAAGCCCCGAGGGUUUAGUUUCCAAUCUAGUUUGUUGCGUGUUCUUGCCAUCAAACGGAUGCAAGUAGCCACUCUUCUUUCUAUUCUUGUAUUUAUCUUUGCUCCUCAUCGCCACUUGCUGGU